AUGGAUCGUUCCGAGCUGGCUAGCCUGUUCACAUUUUACGACUCCGACAGCGAUUCAUACGCACCGGUCAACCCGGCUAUCCUUAAACAAACCCUCAACACAUCAUCCGCGACAUCAACUACGUGCCAACGCCCAUCAUUUACCGCGGCGGAUCAGCCCGUCGAGUCCGAUUCCACACGGCUGUAUCAUCCUGGGACAACCGACAGAAACAUCAACAGAACCGCAAACAAAACUGCCCCUACGACUAUUACUACUACUACUACUACAUCCACAGCUGCCACGACUACUGUAUUCAGCCCGAUCCAGAUGGACAGGGGGCACAUAUUACAAGUCUCUGUAACGACGCCACAGCAUCUGCCGUGCACCGGUUCCACCACAAUGUCCGCCCCAUUCUGUACGGUAUGUGGUGCUUUCUCACGAGCUGAUGGCUCAGUGACUACCGGGGUGCGUCGACCGGCCCGUACAGCUUUUUCCACAUCUGCCUCUAAUUCAUCCAUGUCAUCCUCAUCGUCCUCUUGCACUUCAUCCACUAGUUUGAAUUCACAGUCAGACGGAUUAUACCCGGGCUCGAUGCGUGACAACGGUCAGACCAUACUGGAUGCAUGGCUCAAUACAACUCAUCCAGUGGGUGGUGCUGCUAGUGGUAGUGGCGGUGGUGGUGGUUGUCGGGCUCCAUCAUAUCUGGGUCUGCCGACUUCAUCAACUGUUGGUUCUGGGUAUUCAUGUUCAUCGUAUAAGGAGACGGUAAAAAGUCCAAUGGUUGUAAUGACGGAUGUGAAAAACAACUUCUUCUCCGGGGACGGAUGGGCGAACUCCACCGACCAGGCUUCGGCAACAGAUUUCUAUCGUCAUAUCCCUCUACUGGGACCGGAAUUCGAUGUGUCAGGGUCCGGGAGCUCAACGUUGACCAAAAAGUCUCGUAUAGGCCUGCUCACUGUCGAUGGUUCAUCUGAUACAGCCAACGUCGCGGCAAGUUCACCAACACCACCGCCAGCGUCGUCGGAGUUUUUCCCGGUUUCAGAUCUGUCCAAACGAGGCACAAUGGACAAGGUAAUUGAUAAGUUCACUUUGUUGAAUGUCCAACGGGAUGAAGCCAACAGCGCUGGUGGUGUUGCCACUGUCCCUACCACUGUUGUUCCUGCUGCUGCUAAUGGGACUACUAAUGGUACUUUUCUUCCUCCUCUUGAGCCUUUGCCAAUGCUGCCUGCCCCCGUUGAUUUGAGAGCUGACACCACAAUAAACACAAGUCCAGCAUUGAAUGAUGCGUUAUCUGUGGUUCCGGCUGACCCGUCCACCACCAGCACCACCACCACCAAAUCGACUGCAGACUCGGGACCGCGGGUCAGUCGACGACGAAAUGCCAGUUCAAUUUGCAUGGGUGCGUGGUCCUCGUGGACCAGGGACACAACACCGUUUUUCAACCGUCGAACUGGAUUGCCCCUCCAGUCAUCUCCGGUUCCGUUGAAGCGAAGUACUAGUGGGAAGUUCGAUUUCGACGCCUCUCUGUGUCCACUAAAACUGUCUAAAAGCUCGAUCUGCAUGGCUUUCGGGACGGAUUCACGGCCGGAGCCCUCACCCACCUCCCCUUUGGCUGUGUCCAACAAUGUUGCCUUGGAACGAAACGUGAACUCGGCUAAAGCGGACUGCGAUUCAUCGACCACCGAAUCCGUCCGCACCAAAGUCUGCACAACUACAACUGACACCAGUGCUCACACAACCACAGCUCCUAGUCAAUCUCGACGUCGCCCGGCCAGUUUGCGCCUGAAUGUGCCUCCCCCAGUCUAUUCGUCCGAUCCUGUAUCGUCGGUCACCUCCUCACCGGUUCCUCCCAACAGCGCCACAGAGAAGAAUGGACAUCACUCUGGACGUCGUCGUGCCUGUCCUUCCGGGUCCGAUUCUCAUUUUCCCCAUCAUCAUCACCCCCGUCAUCACUAUCAACAAGAUCAUCAUCAUCAUCACCAGGCCGAAAUGAGCUGUAGCGCACCACCCUCUGGCAACCGAUCGCUUCAUAUGAUCUCAGAUCGUUUGGCCAACACAAUGGCUGGCACUCCAGUGUCGCAUGCCAGUUCUCAGCAUUUGUUGGUAAAUUUUGAGGUCAGUCCUCCACUUUUUGCUUGGCAUUUCCUCUCUCUAAAUAGUUAA